GCACUACCAACCGACUGCAACCUCCCAACCCCCCUCCCCGCCUCCUAAACUCCUCUCCUCCCGCACCGCAGCCGCGCAGCUAACACGUUCUUGCGCCGUCGUUGUGUCCCUGGCAUUGCUGUGCGGCCACCACUGUCAUUCUGCCACCGACGGAGGAGAGAGCUAGUGAGAUCAGCAUGGUGCGUGUGGUGGUCGCCGCGGCGGCGCUGGCCGCCGUGCUGGUGUCUGUGCUGGCGCCGGCGGCGACGGCGCAGAUGGACAGCUGCAGCGGCGACCUGCCGUUCGCGCUCGUCGGCAACUACUCUGGCCUCGCCUGCCAGCCCGUCUGGAACAACUUCGUGCUCCGGUACCACCAGGACAAGAACAACGUGCUGCGGGUGGUGCUGUCGACCAUGUACAGCACGGGGUGGGUGGGGAUGGGCUUCUCGCGGGACGGCCUCAUGAUCGGCUCCAGCGCCAUGGUCGGGUGGAUGGGCAAGAAGGGCCUCCCCCACAUCCGCCAGUUCUCCCUCCGCUCCAAGUCCGGCUCCAAGGCCGCCGUCGUCGACCGCGGCUUCCUCGUCUCCAACAACCACGACCACACCGUCGUCGUGCAGCAGGCCAAGAUCUACGUCGCGUUUCAGCUCAAGUUCUCCUACCGCCUCUCCCACCAGCACAUCAUCCUCGCCUUCGGCCCCGGCGUCCCCGUCAAGAACAAGCUCUCCAAGCACCAGGACAAGACCUCCUUCACCUUCGACUUCACAACUGGGAAAGGAUUCGCCGACGGGCCCUUCCCCUACGGCCUUCGGCGGGCGCACGGAGGGCUCAACCUCUUCGCCUGGGGCAUCCUCAUGCCCAUCGGCGCCAUCCUGGCGCGCUACUUCCGGCGCAUGGACCCGCUCUGGUUCUACCUCCACGUCGGCAUCCAGUUCGCCGCCUUCAUCAUCGGCCUCGCCGGGGUCGUCGCCGGCGUGGCGCUGUACAGCAAGAUCCAGGCCGACAUCCCGGCGCACCGCGGCCUCGGCAUCUUCAUCCUUUUCCUCGGCAUCCUGCAGGUUCUGGCAUUCUUCCUAAGGCCCAACACGGACUCCAAGUACCGCAAGUACUGGAACUGGUACCACCACUGGUCGGGCAGGCUGGUGCUCUUCUUCGCCGCCGUCAACAUCGUGCUCGGGAUCCACGUCGGCGGCGGCCACGACUCGUGGAAGAUCGGCUACGGUUUCAACCUCGCCAUCCUCCUCAUCACCGUCAUCGGGCUCGAGUUCAUGUUGUGGACCAGGUGGUCUAAGAACAGCGCUUCCACGCCGACGUAUUGAGCUCUGUCACGACGGGGGGCCUCUGUUGAUCCGGCGAUGGCUAUGCCCUUGUUUUUUAAUUCUUUUGUUCCUUUUCUUUUCUUUUCUGGUCUGUUUUUGGUUUUCUUGUGAUUUUAUUUUUGUGAAAUCCUGAUGACUGAAAUAUAAGUGCAGUAGGUCCUGCUAA